CUCUGCACCAGGACCCCAAGGAGGAGGAUGGAGGCUCAGGGCUUGCUCUCCGUGCCCUCCGGCAGUGCCACGGGUGACUCACAGGUGACCCAUGUAGCCCACGCCCCAUAUGCCAGCUCGCCCCGUGUCCCUGAGUCACCGCCCCCAGCCUCGUGGCAGGUUGUCCCUGUGUGUCACCAGCCCUCCAGCCCCUUUGCUGUGACACCCACCCCAGCACGUGGCAAGAGGCCCUCAGCACCCCGAAGAGACCACGGCCAGAACACCCCAAAAGACACCGGCCAGGAGCGACCUUCGGUGACCCCGGCGGCUCCAUCCUCCAUCCCAAGGUACACACUGUAUGGAGGAAGCCACUUGGUGCCACCGCAGCCGUCCCCUCCCCUGACGUCACCACCGCAGGGUGACACGGUGGCUCUCCGGGUGCAGCACCCGUGGUGGGGGGGAGGCUCCUCCAGCCACUCCUGGAAAAGGACCCCGCUUUUUCCGUCACCCAACGACACCCCUCAGCUGGGAAACCUUGCGCCGAGGCACCAGGCUGCUGGGUGAGGAGGGAUGAGUGUGGCAGCCGACGAGCCGGGCAACCCGGCCCACGCCGUGUUCGAGAGGUUCCUGCGCGCUGGGCAGUGCCGGGAGGUGCUGGGCUGUUUUGGGGAGCUGUGCCAGCACCUGGGGCUGCAGGGCAAUGGGCUCCAGCUCUACCACAGCCUCAAGGCUGCCCUCAACUACUGGAGUGCCAAGGCCCUCUGGAGCAAGCUGGAUAAAAAAGCUGGGCACAAGGAUUAUGACCAGGGCACAGCCUGUGCCAGCACCAAGUGCCUGGUGGUGGGGGCUGGUCCCUGUGGGCUAAGGGUGGCCAUCGAGCUGGCCCUGCUGGGCGCCCGCGUGGUGCUGCUGGAGAAGAGGGACACCUUCUCCCGCAACAACGUCCUGCACCUCUGGCCCUUCACCAUCCACGACCUGCGGGCUCUGGGUGCCAAGAAGUUUUAUGGGCGCUUCUGCACCGGGACGCUGGACCACAUCAGUAUCCGGCAGCUCCAGCUGAUCCUGCUGAAGGUGGCUUUGCUCCUGGGGGUGGAGGUGCACAUCAAUGUGCAGUUCAAGGGCCUUGUCCCCCCCGGGGACAAGGCAAAUGGACAGGGCGGCUGGCGGGCGGUGCUGCAGCCCAGCUCCUCUCCCCUCAGCAACUACGAGUUCGAUGUCCUCAUCUCAGCUGGUGGCGGCAAAUUUGUCCCUGAAGGGUUCAAGCGGAAGGAGACGCGGGGGAAACUGGCCAUUGGCAUCACCACCAACUUCAUCAACCGCCACAGCCGGGCCGAGGUGGAGGUGGCCGAGAUCAGCGGCGUGGCCAGAAUCUACAACCAGAAGUUCUUCCAAAACCUCUACAACAAAACAGGCAUUGACCUGGAAAACAUCGUCUACUACAAGGAUGACACUCACUAUUUUGUGAUGACGGCCAAGAAGCAGAGCCUGCUCAACAAAGGGGUCAUCCUCCAGGACAAGGCAAACAUCGAGAGCCUCCUGUCCCCGGAGAAUGUGAACCGGGACGCCCUCCUCAGCUACGCCAAAGAAGCUGCCAACUUCUCUACCCACUACUGCCUGCCCCAGCUGGACUUUGCCCUCAACCACCGGGACCAGCCGGACGUCGACAUGUUCGACUUCACCUGCAUGACACGCUCGGAGAACGCGGCGCUGGUGCGGGAGCACAACGGGGCCCGCCUGCUCCUCGGGCUGGUGGGAGACUGCUUGGUGGAGCCCUUCUGGCCCUUGGGCACCGGCGUGGCCAGGGGUUUCCUUGCUGCCUUCGACGCCGCAUGGAUGGUGCGGCGCUGGGCGGCCGGGACCCCCCCGCUGGAGGUGCUGGCUGAGCGGGAGAGCAUCUACCAGCACCUCUCGCAGACCUCCCCGGACAACACCAACAAGAACAUCAGCCAGUACAGCAUCGACCCGGCCACGCGCUACCCCAACAUCAACCUGCAGGCCAUCAAAGCCCACCAGGUCCGGGACCUCUACCUGGUGGGCAUGGUGGAGGUGGAUCACAAGAGGAAGAGCGACAACCGGCUCAGCACUGCUGUCUCUGGAGAUGCCUACGAAGAGCUGCUGAGCUGGUGCCAGGCCAGCACGGCCGGGUACCGCGGCGUGGCCGUGACCGACUUCACCACCUCCUGGACCAGUGGCCUGGCCCUCUGUGCCCUCAUCCACCGCUUCCACCCCAACCUGCUGGACUUUGAUUCCGUGGACCCCCAGGAUCCCAUCCGGACCCACCAGAUGGUGCUGGACGUGGCAGAGCAGGAGCUGGGCAUCCAACCAGUGCUCUCCAGCACUGAGAUGGCCACCAUGGCAGAGCCCGACCGCCUGGGCCUCAUCACCUACCUCAGCCAGUUCUAUGAAGCUUUCAAGACCUCUCCAGAUGUGGAGGAGGUCAGCAAGAAGCCACUGUCUCCCCGGGGCACACGAGGGGCCAUCCUCUUCCUCAGCAAACUGCAGAAGAGCCGGACCCUGACCCACAAACGUGCCCAGGAUGAGGCCCAGAAGGAUGCUGAAGCCAAGAGGAUCCGCAGGGACCCUGAGCUGGACACAGGGCUGGAUGGAGACACUCCAGAUGGUUCCCACGAGCCGCCACAAACUGCCACCACGGACCCAGGGCAGCCAACGUGCCGUGGGGACAGCAGCGACGCCUGCUACUUCUGUGGCCGCCGCGUCUACAUCCUGGAGCGAUCCAGCGCCCAGGGACGCUUCUUCCACCGCGGCUGCUUCCAGUGCUGGCAGUGCGGGACCACCCUGCGCCUGGGGGACUACACCUUCCAGCAGGAGGACGGUCAUUUUUACUGCUCGCUUCACGGCCCCAAUCCGCCCAGCAUGGAUCAGCUGCCCGAGGGGGGUGCUGCCCACCCAGCUUCAGCCGCCGGGAGCCUGUCUGUGUCCCCCAAAGAGGGAGCACCCAGCCCCCCGAAGUCUCCACCACCAGCCCCACAGCUGGAGGCAGAGCCAGAGGAUGCUGCAGGUGCUGGAGACGUGGAGGAGCAGGAGCUGCUGGCACAGCCCGGGGAGGAUGCAAGGGAGGAAGAGGAGGGUCCGAAAGCAGAGCCCCAGGAGGUGGUGGAGGAGGGUGAGGAGAGCGGGGGCAGGAGGAAGAUCGUCCUCACACCCCUGGAGAAGCUCAAGCUGUCCACGCUGAACCUCACUGGUGAAGCAGAGCUUGAGCCACCACCAAAGCCAGCACGUCUGCGGCUCCAAGCAGCAUUCGAGGCCCUCCCUGCCCCAUGGCAGAGACAGGGCUCCUGGGAGGAGGAGGAGGGGGAGGAGAUGGUGGAGGAAGCUUUGGAGGAGAGUGACAGUGAGGAAGAGGAGGAGGAGGAGGAGGAAGGCACAGACCUUGGCAUCAUGGCAGAGUUGUGCCUGGAGCCAGGAGAGGAGGAGAAAUAUCCCACCUGGAAGCGCACACUGACCCGCCGGGCCAGGGAAGCCCAGAUGAAGCGGUUCUGCAAAGCCCAGUCCAUCCAGAGGAGGCUGGAGGAGAUCGACGUGACCUACCGGGACCUGGAGCAGCAGGGAAUCAAACUGGAGAAGUUACUCCGGGAUGAAGGUGACACCCCAGCCGACAAGAAGACACAGUGGAUGAACCAGCUGCUCUACCUGGUCCAGAAGAAGAACUAUCUGGUGUCUGAGGAGUCAGACCUCAUGAUUGCGGUGCAGGAGCUGAAGCUGGAGGAGCAGCAGUGGCAGCUCGACCACAAGCUCCGGGGCUACAUGAACAAGGAGGAAUCCCUGAAGACACCCGAGGACCGCGCAGCCGAGCAGGAGAUCCUGGGGCAGCUGCUGGAGGUGGUGAACAAGCGCAACGUCCUCAUCCACCUCCAGGAGGAGAAGAGGCUCAGCGAGCUCCAGGCCUGAUCCGUGCAGCCCCAGCACCUGCUGAUUCCUCCCUGGGGUGGGGGGGGGACAAGCAGCACCCCCACCCACCCAGCUGAGCAUCACCCUGAGCUGCUCCUGAAGGUGGUGAUGCCUGAGCUGCCCGUGGGCAGCUGCUGCAGCAAAUCCAGGUCCCCGCUUGCCAUGCAGGGGCUGGACCCGCUGUGUGGGGAGACAUGGAGGAGCAGCCCCUCCCCCCCCCCGGUUUUGGGGUGCAGAGAGGGGGGUCCCCGCGCUUGGCUGGACUGCCUUUGCCUUGUGCUUGCUUGAAAACAAGAUUUGGGGUUGGGGGGCUACAAAACACGAGGGUUGUGGUGACUCUGCCUGGGGCUGCUAAAGGAGGAAGCCCCCUGGGAAAAUGGGGGUCUUGCCCCGUGCAGGAGGUCCCACAGCUGUCACCACUCUCAGGGGACACUGCCUGGAGAUCUGGCCACUGCAUCGGAAGGGCCUUGUCUGGCUGAGACCCCCGUGCUCGGGCUGAGCCUCAGGACAGGCUCUGGCAGCACCUGGUGCCGAGGGGAGGUGGCUCCAUCAACACCCAGCCCUGUGCCACUGACACUGAAGGGCUUCACUCCCUGCAGCAAGGAUGUGACCAUGGUCACCAAAGGCAGGUGACAGUGCAGAUGCCAGACAUGGAGGGAGUAACCCUUGGAAGUCACCCUGAGACAUCCUUCCCAGCUGAGGACAUCCAUCCUAGCCUGGGACAUCCAUUCCAGAUGAGGACAUCCAUCCUAACACAGGACAUUCAUCCCAGCCUGGGAUAUCCAUCUGAACCCAAGACAUCCAUCCCAGCCUGGAACAUCCAUCUCUUCCAGGGACAUCGAUCCCAGCCAGGGAUAUCUGGUUCUACAAGUGGGGCCAGUGACAGCCUGGGCUGCUCCCACCACUCUGCAUAGCUGCUGUUGGGUGCCACAUGUACUGCAGAAACCAGGGACAGAAGCCCCCCUGAAAGGCCUCAGGACCACAGAAGGUUUUUUUUUGGUCCAGUAGCUCCCCAAGGGGAUUGCCCAGGGCUGGCAUUGUGUGACAAGGGACACUGGUGGCCAUGUCCUUGCCCCUUUGGGGUUUCUCCUGCUUGACGAUGCCACAGUGGCCUUUGCACAGACCUCUCAGACCUUUCUGGAGUCCCCAGUUGUUGUGGGGUGAGCUCCAUGCCAAAUGGUGCUGUGAUGGGCAUGGAGUGGGGGGGGGGUAGGUCCUGGGCAUGGGUCCCCCCCCAUGCUCAGCCCUCAUCCUGUGCUUCCCCACACCCUCCUGCCUGCCUUUGGUUUGUACCAGCCCUACUCUCCUGCUGCAAUUCCCCCCUGCCCUCGAAUAAAGCCUCCCUGACUGGUGCCAAGGGCUAAAACACCACCUUUAUUUUCUA